ACAAAUAAAAAUGGUGGUUCCAUUUCUAUUAUAUAUUUGAAUAUAAGGAGAUAAAUAAAUGUUGUGCAUACGUGUUUAAAGGGUGUUGAAAAUUGUUUCAUGUGAUUUCCUAAAUUUGAAUAAGAUAAAGGUGCGAUUACGUGGUGCCUAACCGAGAGUAGUGUAUGACAAAUAACAGGUUGUUGCAGAGACCGAAAGCUUUUCUAUUUGAUAUAAAUAGUGCUGUUGUUUAUAUGUGUCAUUUAUAAAAUAUAAUUUGAAAUAGUUUUAGUGAAAAUAGUUUUUCGAAAAACGGAAGAUUCACAAAUAACUGGUAUUUAUCAUAAGAAGCAACCUGGAUAUAUUCCAUACAUUCAGCAUGUGACCCACAUCUGCGAUUUCUCUUCGUAUAACUUGGCUUAUAAAUCCAUUUUAACAUUAAUUUCCAUUCAACUACCUAUAUAGUUUAUCAAUAAGCGUGAUUGACGACCACACUCGGUAGGUAUGACAUUUUGCGAGAUUGUUACGGUUGACUACAAACUGCAGAUCUCGAACUGUAUUAUUUAAUUGAUAAUUUACACUAGCCACAAAGGGUCUCGACAAGACUUAUUUCCAAGAUUUUCCAGAGAAGAAAUGAAGUUAUUUAUGACAAAUACAAAUGUAUCUAAAUUGCUCGGAAUACGAAACUGAUAUUAGUAUAAAAAACAUCUGGACGCGGAAACAUUAUACGAAUCAAGUAACACAAAAUGAGAUGAACACAUCUGUACACAAAUUUAAUUUGAUGAAGAAUAUACAAUGAAGCAGGAUGGCUCAUACUGAGAAUCACAGAUAUAUUGUGCAGGUGUUUGUAGGAGCGUUAUCUGCUCAAUAUGAGGCCCUCUCAGUGGAAGCUUCAAAGCAAACAAGCUCUGAAGAAAUUGUUUGUUGUAUAGCUGAUAAACUCAAUUUAAAUGAUGGAGCGGGGGGGCCUUAUGAACUUGCUGAGGUGGUGGGUGACGUGGUCAGCGGCGAGUGCAAGGAGCGGCGGCUCGGGUCCAAUGAGUCGCCCGUCGCCGUCAUGAUGCUGUGGCCCAACAAUAACUCUGGACAGUAUUAUAGGUUUUAUCUACGAGAGAAGAUACCGGAUGAACCAUGGAUGGAAAACUUCUCAGUAGACCCACAACUAAUAAAGGAUUACUUCCAAAGGUUCCUGUAUCAGCCGAAAGACCGAGAGUACCCAGAUCUUUGUCAGCUGCCGGAGUUAAACGAACAAACCCUUUUAGACAACUUGAGAGCGAGGUUCGGCGCUGGUUAUAUCUAUACAUAUGUUGGGUCGAUAUUGAUAGCCCUCAACCCGUUCAAGUUCUAUCCAAUAUACAAUCCAAAAUAUGUGAAGCUAUAUCAGAACAAGAGGAUAGGUUCCAGUCUUCCGCCGCAUAUAUUCGCCGUCGCUGACGCUGCGUACCACUGUAUGUUACGCGAAAGAACAAACCAAUGUAUAGUGAUAAGUGGUGAAAGUGGUUCCGGUAAAACUGAGAGUACAAAUUUCCUCCUGCAUCAUUUAACUGCACUGAGUCAAAAAGGGUCUCACGGUAGUGGUGUCGAACAAACGAUACUGAGCGCGGGGCCAGUCCUAGAAGCGUUUGGAAAUGCCAAAACCGCACACAAUAACAAUUCGAGUCGAUUCGGGAAAUUCAUACAGGUCAACUACAAGGAAAAUGGAAUGGUGCACGGUGCUGUCGUCCAGAAAUAUCUUCUCGAAAAAUCUAGAAUAUGCAGUCAAGGUCGGAACGAGAGGAACUAUCAUGUGUUCUAUUACUUAUUGGCUGGUGCAUCGGAGCAGGAGAAGGAGCAGCUGCAUUUGUUGAGUGUUGAUAAAUAUAACUAUUUGUCAAAGACUGGUUGUAGUGUAGUGCCCGGUGUGGAUGAACAGUAUGAGUUCUCUAGAUUAAAGCAGUCCAUGGAUAUGGUGGGGUUCACGAUGGAUAAGCAGCGAAGGUUAUUUGCUGUUUUAUCUGCUGUUUUACUUUUAGGUAAUGUGGAGUUCCAGCCGCAACGCAAAUCGUACCAUCACGACGAAGCUGUCGGUGUCCGCAACCCGGAGGUGGUGUCGUUAAUAUCGUCCCUACUUCGGGUUAAACAGGAAACUUUACUGGCAGCGCUCACGUCGAAACGAGCGAGGGCCUCUGGUGAAACGCUAGUUAUUAAUUAUAGAUUGCCAGAAGCGAUAGCGACACGAGAUGCUAUGGCCAAAUGUCUGUACGGCGCUCUGUUCGAUUGGAUCGUGAUGCAAGUCAACCACGCGUUGUUGUCCAAAAAGGACACGCUUAGGGAACAUCAGGGACAUAGUAUAGGCGUCCUCGACAUAUUCGGCUUCGAGGACUUCGGUCCGAACAAUAGUUUCGAGCAGUUGUGCAUCAACUACGCGAACGAGCACCUGCAGUACUAUUUCAACCAGCACGUGUUCAAGUACGAGCAGGAGGAGUACAGGCGGGAGGGGAUACGGUGGACGGAUAUCGGCUUCUCGGAUAAUACGGGGUGCUUGCAACUGAUUGAGGGGAAGCCGGGCGGCUUGUUGUGCCUGCUGGAUGACCAGUGCAAUUUUCCAUGGGCAACAAAUGAGACGCUCCUCCAAAAGUUCAAUUCAGUACACGAAGACAAUCCGUUCUAUGAGAAGCCAACGCGGAGAGAACCAGCCUUUGUUGUGAAACAUUAUGCAGGCCGAGUUAAAUAUCAGGCGACGGCGAUGAGGGAAAAGAACUUAGAUCUGAUGAGACAAGACAUUGUGAGUGUGCUGAAGAAUUCCUCGCUUGCUUUUGUUCGAGAGUUGGUCGGUGUCGACCCUGUGGCUGUGUUCAGAUGGGCCAUUGUUAGAGCUUUCUUUAGGGGUUAUUUUGCCUUCAUGGAAGCAGGUAGACGGCAUCGAGUUAAUAGAGUAGAUGGUGCUUCAAGAGUUCCAAGAGCUUCCAUACAAGUUGCCAAUGAUAGUAUUGUCAGCCAUCUGGUGACAGUAUCGUCAAUCAAUCUCGCAAUCAACAGAAUUGCAACGCCGCAAAGGGCGGCGACGAAAGUUCGAGAAACGGGCCGCGCGACGGAGCGGAGUCGGGGAGAGGUUAGCGGGGGCGGGGCGCGGGGGGCCAACAAACCGGCUAAAAAUUAUAGGACGGCGGAGACGCGCACCCGCCGCCUCGACCGCGACCUGGACGACGCGGACGUGCUGCAGCGCGCCAGCCAGAUCGUCAUGAAAAAUAAGUCAUUCAGGCCUAGAGAGCGGGCUAAGAAAGGUCUAAAGAAUCUACAAAGUGUAAAAACAUUGGCGGGUCGAACGGCGGCUGCGGGGAAACGAAAACAGCCGUUGACUGUAGCAGCGCAGUUUCAACAUUCACUUGCUGCUCUAAUGGAAACUUUGAACCAAGCAAACCCAUUCUUUAUAAGAUGUAUAAAAUCGAACAGCGACAAAGUGCCAAACGUGUUCGACGAAGAGACCGUACAACGGCAACUACGCUAUACAGGCAUGCUCGAAACAGUGCGUAUCCGACAGGCGGGCUAUAACGUGCGCCUCACGUACGAAGAGUUCAUACAAUUAUAUAGGAUACUAUUGUUAAAGGGGUUGCUUAGCUCCCAGUCGGAUGUACGACACUUUCUGGCUACACUCAAUUUGGAUAGGGAUAAUUAUCAGCUUGGUGCGACAAAAAUAUUCAUGCGUGAAAGCGAACAAACGAAACUAGAAUACCGCUUGCACCAGCAAAUUAUGGCGUCGAUAAUCACGAUACAGCGGUGGUUCCGCGCUCUGCUCGAGAGGAGACGCUUCCUUGCAUUACGACGAGCUUCCUUCACUAUACAGAGUUAUUGCAGGCAGUGGUUAGCAAGUCGGCACGAAGCGGCUACAACACUGCAAGCGUGGUUCCGAGGCACUCGAGUGCGGAGAUGGUACACCAAGUUCCGAGACUCCGUUAUUUUAUUCCAAGCGGCGGCAAAAGGAUUCCUACUUCGAAAAACCUUACCCGAGCUCAGGAGACGAAUACCACCAGCAAAACACAAGCCUGAGCUCGACGUGGCGACGCUCGCUCCGGAUACAGACGGUUUCAAGAACAGGCAGCCGAGCAUUGAACAACUUAAAAACAUCAUUGAUAUACAACUCAACAUGCUGAUUCAAGAAGAAGCAGAAAAGACAAGACAACUACGCGCCACACAAUCUCUUCCACUCGUGAGCUUGGAGAAAAAACGAGAUAAUUCAUCGACGGAAACUUCGAACGCGCAAUCGUAUCACAAAAGAAAAAUAUCGAAAACGCAAAAUAUCACAGAGAUACCGUUGAAACAAGCCAGUCAAAAGUAUGUUUGUUUAAUAAACAAAGAAUCAAACGAAUCAACGGACGAGCCGUGGAGCGUGAACACGAGCAAGUACCCGGCGGGCAAGGUGGCGUGGCCGAACAAGAUCACCGCCGAGGACCUCGCUAAUGAACUGCUUUGGUUGAGGAUCGACCAGAACUAUCUUAUGGCUGAGAAGAAUAAGAUGCGAGAAAGAGAACUAGCAGAAUCGAUAGCGAGUAGCAGUGAAGAUUAUUUGAGACAAGUGGGUGAUUGGAGCCCCGCAAACAGCACUGAAAGCAACACAACUUCAAGACGCACGUCGCCGCAAGUGUACCACCGCAGCCUGUCGAGCACGACGCUGGAGCCGGCCCGCGCGCUGCACAGCCUGCCGCCCGUGCGGCGCGACCCACGGGACGCGCGGGACACGCGCGACUCCGGCAGCAAGGAGCGGCACGAGGCCGUGCUGGAUAACUCGUGUGCGUCGCUAGUACAAGCGGUGGAGGCCCCCGCUCCGCCCGCACGCACGGCCCGCCGCGAGCCGCGCCGCGCGCAGGACAAGCUCGACCGUGCUGAGCGCAACCCUGAUACAUUGCCCGUUGCUAUUGUUGCUGAUAAACGGUUGCCAACACCAAAGUUGGUUGCGGGCGAGCCGCUGCGACGCCGCAACUCGGACCCGGCGCCGGAGCCCCGUGUAGCUGACUACAUAGGACACACCGCCAACGGGCUCUUUGGGAUUGCGGGACAUCGAUUUCGCAAAGGAACAAGAUUCGCAAAAGACGACAAAUGCGUAUACUGCCAUCAAGCGAUCGACGCUUUUGUUACGCAAGGACAAAGAUGCAUCGACUGCAAGCAACUAUACCACACUAAAUGUAUACAGAAUAAGGGUGUUAUUACCAUGCCCUGUCCCAGUCCCGUGUCUAUAGCGACGAGAGGAAGGCAUAAAAACAGAAAACGUGUGCUACUUAAAGAGUCUCCGUAUAAUAUGUUAAUGGAUCAAUCGAAAGUUAGCUCAAACUUCAGCUUAACUGGAACGUCAGAGUUCAUGGACAGAACGGACAAAAUUAUAUCAGACGCUACGGAAUUGCAGGCGAUGCAGAAUUUCAUUACUAAGAAAAUAUAUCUCAUGGAGUCGUCAGAAAAUGCGAACUCUAAGCAAUCUGAGGUCGACAGGGUUUUCAAACACGCAUUAAGAGAGUUCAAAGACAAUUUAGUGGCCACAUACAGCGUUGUAGAAACUCGAGGUUCCGCACUUAAAUACAAAGAUCUAAUUGGUAAUUUCUUGCACGUUAUGGAAACGGUUUGUGCGAGGGAAGGUUCUACGUUAUCCAUUACUAUGGGUGUGAAUGCGUUUAGAGGUUUCAUGGAUGAAUUCAUGAGCCAACAUGAGACGGAUAAGGCUAGGACCAAACGGAAAAAGGAUAAGAAACGAAAGCUCUCGCUCCGGUUGCAGGUGGACGAGCCGAUCCAGUACAUGGGCCACACGUUCAUACUGUCCAUGAUCAACAUACCCACCGAGUGCGAGAUAUGCAAGACGUUCUUCAUGUGGCCGAUUGAACGCUCCCUCAUAUGUCAGACGUGCAAGCUCGCGUCGCACAAGAAGUGCUUUAUGAAGGUGUCGACGCGUUGUCGAGCGGACAUAGUGUCGCCGGCGGCCAUUGUGGGCGCUGUGGAUGCGGGCGGCCGGGAACAGCUCGGCCUCAUGCGGGGGAAGGUGUUUGGCGUGCCAUUAUCCGAGUUACCUACAGACGUGGGUAACAUACCUAGAGUUAUCGAUAGACUCAUCACAUCCAUAGAAAUGGUCGGGCUCUACACGGAGGGUCUCUACAGAAAGAGUGGACUCAGUUCUAAGGUGCGCGAGCUGCGGCGGCUGCUGGACGAGCAGCCGGAGGAGGGCGUGGCGCGCAUCGAGUCGUACGCGGUGCACGUGCGCGCCUCCGUGCUCAAGAGCCUGUUCCGCGAGCUGCCCGAGCCGCUGCUCACCUUCGACCUGUACGACGACCUCAUACUCGCCGCGCAGAUCUCCGACCAGCAGGAACGUGUAUCAAGCAUAUUCGCCAUACUUAAAAAACUACCAAAAAUCAAUUAUGAUGUCGUAGAAAGGCUAAUAUUCCACCUCGCGCGAGUUGCUCUCCGAGAAGAACAUAACAGGAUGGGUCCAAACGCGUUGGCAAUAGUGUUCGCGCCGUGCAUCCUGCGCACGCACAAGGUGCAGCCCGCGCAGGACUCGCUGCACGACAUCGCGCGACAGACCGCCUGCCUCGAGGCGAUACUCAUCGAUAAGAUCAAAAAUACGCGCGGCACGCUGGCGGACAUCGCGACGCUGGACAAGGCGUGCGUGACGGCGAGCGGGCGGCUGCGCGAGCUGCGCGGGCAGGCGCUGGCGCCGCGCGAGGAGCAGAUCCUCGAGGGGCACAUACACGAGAUGGAGAAGGAGAAGGCCACGCUCACCUCCAACCUGCUGGCGCUCUACCGGUGAGU